AUGUCUGGUUCUCUUGCUCUUCUCUUGCUCGGUUUACAAGUGCUCUCUAUCAUGCUAGUAAAUGUAGCCGCCACUUCUACCAACACAUCGACUCUUGAUCAUAAGCUGUAUGGCCGCUCUCCACAAGCAUCAGCGGCCAAUUUCAAACCGCCCGGCAAUAAUCGGAAAAUGCCUUCUUCACCUGGUCCGCCGAAGGACGGCAUGGAGGAUGGAAAUGGCACGCCAAGAAAUCCACAAAGUAAAGGGAAACCGGUCCCAUUCGGUUUCGGCUCCAAAGUUACCGGUGGUGGAAAUGCCGCUCCACAAACACCAAAAGAUACAGCCGAGUUAAAAGCCUGGCUCACCGAUAAGGUCCCCCGAGUGAUCUUGAUCCGUAGAACUUACGACUUCAGCCUCGGGGCUGGCAACAUAACCGCCGCCGCGUGCCGCCCAUGGAAAGCUUGCACCAAUGGACUUCAAGUACAAACCGCAAAGGAUUUCAACAAUUGGUGCAGUAAAGACCAAAAGCUUCCAAGUAACAUUCAAGUAGGCACUGAUUUAAAAUCCCAAGUUACAACCCGUACGCCUUCCAUGAUUGAUGACCGUUACUCCGCCCAGGUUUCACUCCAAGCUUCUCCCAUGGAUCCCAUAAAAGUUGCAAGUCACAAGACGUUAUUGGGUGUCGGCGCAGCAGGAAUUAUCAAGGGAAAAGGGUGA